AUGGAUCCUGAGGGAGUGGCGUCGAAAUCGAGAUGGAGCUCCUUCAACUCAACAAUGGCGACGGAGGCGUCCGAGUUAUUGGCUCAAUUCCUUGGUAUCCCUACUUUCUCCAAUGAGCUAGAACAUGAUCCAAGCAUGUUCUUGCAAUCCUUGCUCUGGUCUGAUCAUGGAAUUGAUCCUUACUAUGGAUCUCAAGAUGUCAACACAAAUAUGUGCUAUUGGCCUAUGGAGAAUAGCUGCAAUUUUAGUUCCUUGAGCAACUCAAACAAACAGAUUUCAGAAUAUGAAAGUUACUACAACAACAUGGAGCCAAAUAUGAUGCCAACAAUAGGAAUAAGAUCUGAACCAACACUAUUGUGCAUGGAAGAAGAUAAUAUAAAUACCACAUCGUAUAAGACAGAUCAAAGAAAUCAUUUUGAUGAUAAGAAUUUCAUGAAUGAUGGUGAAGGUAUAGGAACAACUAAGAAAUCACAAGGCAUGAGAAAGAUUCAAGUUUGCGACCGUGUCAUUGAUUCCAUCAAUAUUCAAACCUCUGAUAAGAAGAGAAUCCGAGCCUCAUGGCAGGAAGGAAAGAGUACUGGUAAGAGUUCAAAAUCCAAGAAGGCUGAUGUGAAUGUUGAAGUUGGGGAAGAAGAAGUGGACAAUGCUUCUGCUCAUAUUGUGCAAAGUUCUAGCUGUUACAGCUCUAAAGAUGAGGCUAACACUUCACAAGAAUUGAAUGGAGGAGAUGGCACGAGCACAAGCACGAGCUUGAACGGAUCGAUGGUGUCUCUAAAUUCAAAUGGAAAGAAGAGAGCAGGUAGAGGAUCUGCAACUGAUCCACAGAGCCUGUAUGCAAGGAAAAGGAGGGAGAGGAUCAAUGAGAGAUUGAAGAUACUGCAGAAUUUAAUCCCAAAUGGGACCAAAGUAGACAUCAGCACAAUGCUGGAAGAAGCAGUUCAGUAUGUCAAGUUUCUGCAGGUUCAAAUCAAGCUUUUUAGCUCAGAUGAACUAUGGAUGUAUGCACCAAUAUCUUACAAUGGGAUAAAAAUUGACCUUGAUCUGAAGAUGUCUCCAUUUAAAAUUGGCUAA